AUCCAUCUAUGAGGCUGAGAGUCAGCCAUUUGGAUACAUUUUACAGACAAGCGUACAAAGGACGUAGGUCAGGAAAGGCUUGAGCUAGCAGCUUGAGGUCAGGCGGUGUAGCAAAGCAUGAGCGAGGGUGCAUUCAGCAUACGUCAACAGGAAGUCAGAGCUCUGGGAGUGUUGGUCGUGGAAAGGGGGCUCCUCGUCGUGAACUCAACUCCCCGCAAUCGCCGACCUCAACAUUGAGCACAUCGAUCCAUCAUCUGAUAUGGCUGCCAGCAGACUCACAGGACGUACCAUCUUCAUCACAGGGGCCUCCUCCGGGAUUGGACGUGCCACUGCCCAGGAGUUUGUCAACCAGGCUCAAGGACACAAGAUCAACCUUGUGCUCGCUGCCCGUCGCCUUGAUACCCUCAAGGAGAUUGCUGCAAGUCUAGAGUCUCAAGGUGCGAGCGUACAUCCCGUCAAGCUCAAUGUUUCAAGUUUGGAAGAGAUCAAGCAGGUCCUGGCAGAUUUGCCCGAUAAGUUCAAGCAAGUCGACUGUCUCGUCAAUAAUGCCGGGUUCGUGGUUGGGACGGAGCAUGUGGGUGACAUUGUUUCUGCGGAUAUCGACUCGAUGUUUGCUACUAAUGUGAAUGGUCUCAUCCACAUGACACAGGAAUUUGUGCGGCGCUUCAAGGAGCAAGGCAAAGGGGAUAUUGUUAACAUUGGGUCCAUUGCAGGCCGUGAGCCAUACCCAGGCGGCAGCAUCUAUUGUGCAACGAAGGCAGCUGUGGCAGCCUUCACCUCUGCGCUGCGCAAGGAACUCAUCUCAACAAGGAUCAGAGUGAUCCAGGUCGAUCCAGGACAGGUCCUGACCAAUUUUUCUGUCGUACGCAUGCGUGGUGACACGGAGAAGGCAGAUGCCAUCUACAAGGGCGUGGAGCCCCUCACGCCUGAGGACAUUGCAGAGAUCAUUGUCUUUGGCGUCUCGCGACCAGAAAAUGUCGUUAUGGCAGAGACACUCGUGUUCCCUAGCCACCAGGCAGGGGCUGGUAGUAUGCACCGCAAGUAAGAAACAUAGAUAUCAUUACUCAUCAUAGAGGCUCAGCUACGAGGAUUCUGUGAACCCUUGACCUGUCUUGUCACCAAAACCUGUGCCCGACAAUUCCGCAAGCUGCAUAGAACGCUUGUAGUCGUUGUAACUCGAGUUCUUUCUUGGCAUACCAGGUCUUUCUGCUUCCUGUGCCUCUGACUGCCCGAAGCUGGUAAAGGACAGCUUGGCUUGCUCGUCUACAUUGGUCAGA